AUGCUUUCGCGACUCACCUUGCGGGCAUAUCCAGGCACAAGGACCAUUGGGCUUACUUCGAGUCUGAAAUGUGCCCUGGUUUGCGACGCUGGGCUCUUGAACCAUUGCGCUCUUUCUCGCGAUUUCCGUACAUCCACUCCCUACCUUUCAUCGUCCUCAACGCGAUGGAAAAAGAGACAAUCAAAGGAUUCGUUUUCUAAGGAGGCCAAGGUCCAAGGCCUGAAGAGUAGAGCCGCUUUCAAACUCCUGGAGAUUGACGCCAAAUAUCGGAUCUUCAGGAAGGGCCAAACGGUAAUCGAUCUUGGUUAUGCCCCGGGUAGCUGGUCUCAGGUUGCGGUCGAAAGAACGAAACCCAACGGCAGAAUAGUCGGCAUUGAUAUCAUCCCAGCCCAACCACCCAAAGGCGUGUCUACAAUCCAGGGGAAUUUUCUUUCUGCAGAAGUUCGGGAAGAAGUGAAGAGAUUCCUCUCCGACCCUGACCGAGGACGACCGAAAGAGCAAUUCUUCGAGUUACCAGAAAAUCCAAAUUUCCUUCGCACCCAGCGCGCCGGUGGUGUUGAGCUUGAGAUAGGUACGGAUGGUCGUCACAAGCAAGGCGAGGGGCCUGUGACAGACGUGGUAAGGAGGACUACGAGAAGGGAUGAGGAUAACGGAGAAGUGGUGGAUAUUGUUUUGAGUGACAUGUCCGCACCCUGGGAUCAAACCACUGGGUUUUGGAAAAGAAGUCUGAGUGACCCUUAUAAUAGGAUGAUGAACACGAGUGGCAUAGCAUUCAAGGAUCACGCUGGAAGUAUGGACCUCUGCACUGCAGCACUGCAGUUCGCAUUUGAGUCUCUCAAGACUGGAGGACAUUUUGUCUGUAAGUUUUAUCAAGGAUCCGAGGAUAAGGCUUUUGAAAAGAAAUUGCGGAAGCUUUUUGGAUCAGUACAUCGGGAGAAACCCGAAUCAUCCAGAAGCGAAUCUAAAGAAGCUUACUUUGUUGCUUUACGGAAAAAGCACGGCGUGGAUGCCAAUAUGCUUGUCGACGAGGAGCAUGUUGUUUAA